AAGGGGAAAAAAAAAGGGAAAAAGAUUAAAUAUAGAUAAGUCAGCCAGUCAUGGUCGCCUCGUCGCCGCCUGGACCUAAAGCGAGAAAAGCUUGUGGAUCAAUGGACAAAACACCUUGAAGCCCUAGAUUCGUUCCCCAAAUUCAAUCUCUCCCUCGGGGAUUUUUGGUCUCUGAGGAACCAGGAAAAUAAAGAAAGAAAAAGCUUUUCGACCGGCAGAGGAAUCGAUCGACCUUUGCACCGGAGUUGCAGAUCUCCGUAGAUCUGACUCAAAAGGUAAAAACUGCAUCGUGCAUAUAUUUGAUGGAUGAUGACUGUUCAGAUGGAUAGCUUGGCUGCUCCUUCAUCACGGGAGCUUGUCCAACGUCUUUACAAGAAGUUCUGUUGACAGCUUGUUGAGUUUCACCUUUGGCAGCUUCAGGUUAACUUCAUCUUGACCAUUGAAAAUACAAGGAUAGAGGCUGUGACAUGGUGAGCCAGAACUUGACAUGUGGCUAAUUGGGGGUGGGAUCUCCCAUAUGAUGGUCAGUUUGACCAAAGAUGACCUCCAUGUGGGUCAAAAAGGCCUGACCAUGUUCCCUUGCAGGAAGUCUUUGCCCUGUCAUCAUCAUCAGCAUGUUGUUUUGUUGGAGUUACCUUACGUCAAUUAUUUGCUAAUCAUUUAGAAAGAAAAAUUUCAGAUGAAGCACAAUGUAGCAUGGUCAACAUUGAUGGUGAUGCAGCGGGCCUCAGUAUUCUUGGAUUUCAUUGCUAAUAUUGAGUUGGAGAAUAAGCACCGGAAGUCGGUGCAGGCAAGAAUUCCUUCAGAUCCCAAUGCAUGGCAACAUAUGCGUGAGAACUAUGAAGCAAUAAUUCUUGAGGAUCAUGCUUUUUCUGAACAACAUGAUAUAGAGUAUGCACUAUGGCAGUUGCAUUACAGGAGAAUUGAGGAGCUGAGAGCCCAUUUCAGUGCUGCUUUAGCUUCUACAGGGUUGACUACUUCUCCAGGUGUGAAAGGUCCCGCUCGUCCUGACCGUAUUGCUAAAAUCCGUUCUCAGUUUAAAACCUUUCUUUCAGAAGCAACCGGAUUUUAUCAUGACCUAAUAUUGAAAAUUAGAGCAAAAUAUGGUUUGCCUCUGGGUAAUUUCUCUGAUGAUCCGGAGAAUCAAACCAUUAUGGCAAAGGAUGCAAAGAAGUCUGCUGAGAUGAAAAAAGGCUUUCUGUCCUGUCAUCGCUGUCUGAUAUAUUUGGGUGACCUUGCACGCUACAAAGGAUUAUAUGGAGAGGGUGAUUCCAAAACUCGUGAUUAUGCAGCUGCUUCAAGUUACUAUAUGCAAGCUGCCUCACUGUGGCCUUCGAGUGGCAACCCCCAUCAUCAGCUUGCAAUACUGGCUUCUUAUUCUGGAGAAGAACUGGUGGCAAUUUACCGGUACUUUAGGAGUCUGGCAGUGGAUAGUCCUUUUACUACUGCAAGGGACAACUUGAUUAUUGCAUUUGAGAAGAACCGUCAGAGCUACUCACAGCUACCUGGGGACACACAGAAUUCUGUCAAGGUUGUCCCAUUGCGAAUGACUGGGAAAGGAAGAGGAAAAGGGGAAGGAAAGGUUUUAUUGAAAGAUACUAAACCUGAAGUCACUUCCAAAAAGGAGAUAACAGCUACCAUACAGGAGACUUUUAAAGCAUUCUCCAUUCGAUUUGUCCGUCUAAAUGGCAUUCUUUUCACACGGACUAGCUUGGAGACCUUUGGAGAAGUCUUCUCUUCAGUCACCAGUGAUCUGCAUGAACUUCUUUCUUCUGGGCCAGAAGAGGAGCUAAAUUUUGGUUCAGAUGCUGUUGAAAAUGGUCUUGUCAUUGUUAGGCUUGUAGCGAUUCUUAUAUUCACAGUACAUAAUGUAAAUAGGGAUCUUGAAGGGCAAUCAUAUGCUGAGAUAUUACAGCGUUCAUUUCUACUUCAGAAUGCAUUCACUGCUGCAUUUGAGUUUAUGGGACACAUCCUAAAGAGAUGCAUACAGUUGCAGGAUCCUUCAUCAAGUUAUCUUCUACCUGGUAUUUUGGUUUUUGUUGAAUGGUUAGCUUGUCGACCAGAUAUUGCAGCUGGCAAUGACCCCGAGGAAAAGCAAGCCGCUGCUAGAUCACUCUUUUGGAAAGAGUGCAUAGCCUUCCUAAACAAGCUAAUGUCAAACAGAUUAUUCUUUGUUGAUGAUGACAAAGAUGAGACUUGUUUUUUCAACAUGAGCAGGUAUGAGGAAGGGGAAACUGGCAACCGACUUGCAUUGUGGGAAGAUUUUGAGUUAAGGGGGUUCUUGCCUAUUGUUCCGGCACAGCUAAUAUUGGAUUUCUCGAGAAAUCAUUCCAUUGGCAGUGAUGGUGGGAACAAAGAGAAAAAAGCUCGUGUACAAAGAAUUAUAGCUGCAGGAAGGGCCCUUGCAAAUGUAGUACGGAUUGAUCAUCAAGGAAUUUAUUUUGACCAGAAGCUGAAGAAAUUUGCUAUUGGUGUUGAGCCUCAAAUGUCUGAAGAUUUCAUUCUCUCUAGUUCAGAUAUAACCAUGUCAAAUGAAAUGACACCAGAUACUACUGUGGAUAAGAAAUUGAAUUUGGGUAUUGUGCACUCAAAAGCACAAUAUGUGGAAGGAGACGAAGAGGAUGAAGUGAUUGUGUUUAAGCCAACGGUUGCUGAGAAACCUGCCAGCAUGGUUGCUCCAAAGUGGCCCUUGUAUGAGAUCCUUGAGCCUACUGAAAAUGCUUCGAGAGGUGAAUGGAAUAGUUAUAUGGGUACUAUUUCGGCUCCUCUUAAUAAUCUUUCAUUACAGAGUGCUUUGGAAGCCAGUGCUCAACCAUCUGCUUCUUUUGCUAAUAUUGUCCCUCAGCAUCCGCAACCAAUUAAUAUUAGUGCUUCAAAAUGGCUUGCAGAAGAACAAGAUUCUCUUGCUAAUGGGAUUAUGAAUCUCAGCUUCGCUGGCAAUGGGACAUUUCCCAAACCUGACAUGCAGGGUGCCUUUGGUGUUGUACAGUCUCAUGCGCCUUCAUUUACUCUUCCUCCUGUGAAUGCAACUGAUGGAAGUAUGUUAUCAGGUGCAAUAAAAGCCCCUGAGGCUGAGAUACCAUCAAAAUUCGAUUCAAUCAUGUCUUCAGGAGCAACUGCUGAUAGUCUAAUGGUGAAGCCAUCGUCAGCCUUGCCACCAAAUUCAAGGAAGAGCCCAGUGAGUCGACCAGUUAGGCACUUUGGGCCUCCACCAGGUUUUAGUCCUUUUCCUCCCAAGCAUUUUGAUGAACCCAUGGCUGGUUCAGAUUUGAAGAAUGAGAAUUUACCAAUGGAUGAUUAUAGCUGGUUGGAUGGAUAUCAGUUGUCAUCUACGGCCAAAAGCAUUACACAGAACUCUAUGAAUCACAUGACAAAUUUGACCCCACAUCUCAUGAGCAGCAGUGCCUUGACUGGGGCAAUCAACUUCCCUUUUCCUGGAAAGCAAGCUCCUAAUGUGCAGGUGCAAGUGGAAAAUCAGAAAAGCUGGCAGGAGUACCAGCUUCAGGAGCAAAUGAAACUAUACCAGGGACAGCAGCUUCAGCAUGGGAAUCAGCAAUUUACUCCGCUGCCGGAGCAAUAUCAGGGACAGUCUUUAUGGGCUGGUCGUUUCUUUGUGUGAGGUCUUUGUCAGAGCAUAGAUGGUUGCCAAGAAUCUGUUAUGGUGAUUGCCCUGCAGCCUGGUGCACCUGAAUUCGGCCUCCACCUUUCCUGGAGCCCUUUCAAUGUUAAUUUCUGUUGGAACUUGGAUGGUCUUGGAGUGCAGCGGGCACCUGCUUCUGAUACAGCAUGUGCCAUGCUUUCCAGACCGGAGAAACCCAGAUUGUGAAAGGGAUAAUAAUGAUUGGAUAUUCCUAAGAGUAAGUAAAUGCCUUGUCAAUGGGUUGGAAAUUCAUAAUGUUCAUCAACAUCUUGGACGGGUUUGGUGCCUUACGUGCCAGGAAGUGUGGUGAAGUGGGGAAUUACAUGCUAUUCUACUAAGCUGUGGAACUGGUCUUGCUGUUGGAGCAAUGGUAAUUAGUCAUUGUCAUCAUCACUUUCAGCAGCGAUAGUAGGUGGCUGAUAUCAAGUUAGAUACCGUAUAGGGUUAUUAGAGCUACCUGCCUGCCUGCCUGCCUUUGAGAGGAGCAUCAAGCGCUUGAUAUUGCUGGGAAGGGGGUUUGGUUUUGGAGAAGUCCAAUGGGACAGCGUAUGAUAAGUAAUGAACUAAAGCAUAUAGGUAAGUACUACUGCGUUAUAGUUGGUGAUGUUGCUGGCUUUCUGGAUGAAGUACUACUGUCCAUUGUUUUCCAAGUCCAAUAACUCGAUGGUAGUUGAAACAGUUGGCUUUCAUUUCAGUUUGAUUUAGAUGGAUUUGGAGCUUAUGUUAAUACCUUGAUCUAAAUACUUAUGGUCUGGAAUAUUCAGAGUGCCAUCUUUAAUUCUUUUAUGAUUUCUCAGAUCA